GGCGCGUACUUACGGAUAAUUUUAUUAAAUAUAUAAAAUUUGUGUAAAAUAAAUUUAAUAUAUCACAGAAUUAUAAAAACAUAAUUUUAAUAAUCACUUUUACAAUUUUAUCUUUUAUAAAUAUUAAUUUUUUUUAAUAAUAUAUUAAGGUUAGAAAAAUUUGCACACGUGCUAUUUUAGCUAAAGUUAUAAAUUUUAUUUAAAUUUUUAAAUAAAAAUUUAAGUUCUUUAUGUUAAUUCUAACUUUUUUAUUUAUGUCAUAUUAUAUCAAUAAAAAAUUUAUAAAAAUGGCACUAAAUGAUACUAAUAAUUCGGAAAUCAAUUCUAAAUGUUUAAUAAAGAUAGUGGUAAAAGAGAAAAUUAUAUAGAUUGGGAAGAUUAUUUUAUGGCUAUAGCUUUUUUAAGUGCAAAACGUAGCAAAGAUCCUCGUACUCAGGUUGGUGCAUGUAUUGUGAAUGAAGACAAACAAAUUGUAGGUAUUGGAUAUAAUGGAAUGCCUAAAGGUUGUAAUGAUGAUGAAUUUUCUUGGUGCAAAAAUUCCAAUGAUGAUUCAUUAAAAAAUAAAUCUUUAUAUGUAUGUCAUGCUGAAGUUAAUGCUAUUUUAAAUAAGAAUUGUAGCAGUGUUAAAAAUUGUACCAUUUAUGUUGCACUGUUUCCAUGUAAUGAAUGUGCUAAAGUAAUAAUACAAUCUGGAAUAAAAUUAGUUAAAUAUGUUUCGGAUAAACAUGCAACAAAGAAAAAAACUAUUGCUGCAAAAAAAAUGUUUGAUGCAGCAGGUAUUACAUACAGCCAAUAUUGUCCAAAAAACAAACAGAUAAUAAUUGAUUUCACUGAAAUAGAUAGUAACAAUGAAAAUAAUUAACAAAUUUUCAUGAAAAUAAUGUUUAAAUUUGUAAACAAUAUUAAUUGUUUGGUAACACAAACAUGGCAUAGUUUUACUGAAUAUUUUUACUGAAAAAUUAUGGUUACCAAUAUUUACAAAUAAAAUUGAAUUAGGUACAGACGGAAAGUAAGAAUAUCUCUACUUAUUUUAAAUUUUUACAAGUCUAUUUUUACCUUUAACAUUAAUUAUAUAAUAUUAUGGAAAAUAAAUAAAACAAUGUACAGAAAGUGAAAGAACUUUAGCAAUAAUACAAAGAUACUAUGCAGUGUUAUCAAGAUAAUAUUAUUUGCAACUAUAUUGCAAACAAUAUACUGUACAAGUGUAAACAGUGAUACGAUAAAGUAUGGCAUGAUAAAAACAUGUAACAAGUAUCUAUCAUUUCUUUGAAAUGAUAAAAUGAUCUCAAUAUUCUUUACAAAACAACUGAAGGAAGGGCGAUUGUUGAUAAUAUUUUUUUGUUGACUCGUUAUUAAUAUAACAACAAACAGAAAUUGAACAUAGAGUUUUGACAUAUAUGAUAAUGAUAAUACGUCUAUGUACAUACUAUACAUAUCCAUGUUUUUGUCUUUAAAAUAUUAUUUCACUUACGUUUGUAGUCACAACUAUGGAGUAAAGUUACAUAAAGAAAGUAAUUAUACAUGGUGAUUGAAUUCAUCAUAUAGAAAAAUAUUUAAUUAAUAUUAUGAAAAUGUAUAGAAAUUUUAUAAAGAGACAAAAAUAUUAAUAUUGUAAAAAACAUAUUUAACAUUAUAUGUAUUAUCUUUUAGGAAUAUAUUAUUUGAGCUUCUUUCGCAUAUAUUACUCAAUGAAUUAUACAGUGUAUAAAUAGCAAUUGCAGAAAAUAUAAUAGUAAAUUUCCGUAUAAUGCGAGGUACCAUAAUAUAUCAAAGAUAUUACGAUUACUAUUUUCAUAUAACGCGAUUCCUCGUACAAUGCGAUAUGUACAUGUUUUUUUUUAAUCAAUAGCAUAUAUAUACUAUUCAUUAAAACUAUUUGAUAAAAGAGAAAAUAAAAAGAAUAUAGAAAAUAAAGAUUGAUAUGACAAUAAUCAUUCUAAAUAUGUUACUUUAUAUUAUUCGUAUUAUACGAGACAAAUUCUUGUAUAGCACGAUUUUUUAUAACGCAAAUUUAUACAAUCGCGUUAUACGGAAGUUUACUGUAAUAGCUUAUUGCAAAUGGCAGUAUUAUAUUAGUAAAUGUACAAUGAUUAAAAUAAUAAAUAAUCGCAAUUUAUAUGUUAUUAUUAAUUUGCUCGAUUUUCAAAUCCUUUUAAUUAGUAACAGGUCAUCUUAGAAGUUACGUAUAUGUUAUAAACUUUAUAUAAAAUCUAUAUGAUGAAUUCAUUUACAUGAGGAGAUGGAAGAGGAUGUGAGUUGAGGUAUCCAUGCACUUAUUAUUUGCUCGUUUGAUUAAAUAAAGGACUUAAAGGCAAAUUUGAACUGAAACCUUUUAAAGAUUGAUAUACCAUCCUUAAUCAACAUUAUUUAUUUCUUAAAGAUUUGAUAAUUAGUUUUACGAGCGAAAUAGAAAUUUUUAUAUCGAGGUAACAACCUCCGGUAAAGAUUGGAGCAACUAAUAUAUAUAUAUACACAUUAUCUUUCCAAAAUUUAGUAAUUAUGCAUGAAUUUAAGCGUAAAAUGUAAAUAAUAUAAUUUAAAAAAAAAAAUAGUAUUAAAAGAUAAAAACGCUUCGGUAGAUGCAUGGUCAAAAAGUUGUAAUGUAUGAUAGAGUGAUGUAUGAUAAUGUGCAUUAUUUUUUCUAAUGUAAAUUGUUUACAUUUCGUAUAUCGAUAGACUAGUAUAGUAAUCAUAUAUUUUAUUUGCAUUGUACAAUAAUUAAAUGACUAAUGGCAAAGUGAAUGAAUAAAACAUCUACAUUAUCGCUUAUGUUACGAUAUUAUUUACGUAGCCCUGAGAAACAUUCCAUGCAUUUACAGAAGGUAUGAAUUUAAACAAUAUAAUCAUGUUCAUUAUACUUUGAUAGAAGAUUAUUCCAUCGAUUAAUUUUGCAUGUAGUGAAAUUUUAUUCGGCAUGUUUUAGGAGCAAAUUGAAAUAUUAAAUAUAUAUUACUAUGAAUAUCGCUUGAUGCAAAUAUCUUAUUUUUAUGAUUACCAUUAAGAUGAUAUUUAGUGAGCUUUCAACACUGCCAUAUUAUUAUAUUAACUAAUCGCAAAAUUAUAUUCUAUGACUUAAAUAAAAUAGGAAGUGUGGUAUGUAUAUUUAUAUAUAUAUAUUGUUAACGUAAUAGUUGAAAUAUAUACAAACAUUAUCACUAGUUUGUAAUAUCUGCAUUUUGUUGAACUUUUUUCAUUUUCAUUCAAGGAAACUCACAACUUAUAAGUAUAUAUUGGCAUUUUGAAAAAUAAACAAGGCAAUCAUAACAUCAUUCGAUUUAUAUCUGUAAAUUUAAACAUUAUCUUUUAUUAAAAUUUUUGUGUAUCUGAUCACAUACAGAUAUAUGUUUUUUUAUUCUGUUUGUUUGUUUUGCUAUUGA